UAAUAAAAUUCGAUUAAAAUAUAUUUAAAAAAUGAGAUUCUGGCGGUAUCCCUUAUUACCAUAUCUAAUGACACCUAAACUGAAUCAGCCAGCAGGAUCUCCAAGUGCUUCUUAUACAGAUUGUCAUGCUACAGCACGAUGUUCAGUAGAAAGGACAAUAGGCAUAUGGAAGGGACGGUGGAGAUGUUUACGCAAAGAAAGGGCAUUACAUUAUACACCAGAAUUUGCUGCACUUAUAAUAAAUGCGACAUGCGUAUUACACAAUAUUGCUAAGCAAUAUAACGUUCCUGAAGAAAUAUAUUUAGAAGAAGAAGAUUUUCCUGAAGAAGGAAUUGAGGCAGAAAAUGCAAAUAUGCGUGCAAGAGGACAUGCGACACGUGAAGCAAUAAUUGAAAGAUAUUUUGCAUAACUAAAUUAGUUUAUAAUAUUAAUUCUUUUAUU